AUGGCGCUUUUCGUAGAAGACAGCGAUAUGAGUGUCGUGGAGGCAGCAUUGUCCUUCUUGGACGAAUUCGACCUCGACGUGCUCAGUCCAGCUUUCGAGUCUACGUCCCAUGCGGCACAAAAGCUUGCGAUCUCGACUAAGCGUGUGGCAUCAAGUGACACAAGUCCAUCAGAAGUUAAGACAAAUGAUGCAACGAAGAGGUCGGGGAUGAUACCUGAAAGGAAGAAGGUUCUACACGCUGUGGGUGUCUAUGGCAACUCGAACCGCGUGCGCAAUAACCCCCGCAUCGAAAUUCUUUACCUCAAAGAGCAACUGGAGAAACUACAGAUCGACCUAGAAGUGCUCAAGAAGCAAAAGGAAGGAGACGUGACUAGAACGAGAGCAGCAAGAGCGACACGGUCGAGACGACAAACGUAUGCAGCUCAACAGUCAACGGCUGACGCCAUAGUAGCGACGAACACCCCGACCAUGACGACGGUGUGGGAGAACAUAGCGGACAGCCAACGACGACGACGGAAGAAGGCCGAGUGUGAGAACAUUCGCCUAAAGAUGGUCAUCGAGCACCAACAGAAGGUGGCCGACAACCUGCGCAACUUGAUUCAAAAGCGCGCGAGUCAACUAGGAGCCGAGUGCUCUUUCUUCACAGAUGUGAACUACACGAACCACCAUGUACUGGACUUGCAAGGUGACGUGGGCGAGUUCCAGAGUUUGUUUCGCCACUUGGAUAAUGCGUAUCAAGAGCUGGACGCCGUGUUUGCAGCAAACGGUCUGAACAACAUGGUGGUGACUCGAAGUGAUGUUCAAGUACGAGACUGCGCGGGCGGCAAGUACGUUGAGUUGUUAUUCAACAAGGUGUUACCAUUCAACCUCCAGGACGCGAGACAAGCUACGUGGGAACAUUUCCGCGGAUCCGAGAAGCACAUGGGCAACGGCCGACUGUACCAGAAGACAGUAAAGGACGUCAACGUGUUCGAUACAAUCCUUGAAGAGUUCACGAAGGAGAUGCAUUCAAACAGUGCACGUGUUGAUGCGAACAUGAAGCAAGUCAUUCGACGCUACAUGGAAUUUGAUCGCGAUGUCAUUACCAUUGUCCGAAAUGUAUCCCCAGCGGAAGUGAAGCACAAGAUGCUUACCAGCCUACGGUAUCAAGUUCGAUGCUACAUCGUGACGAAGCGAUCCUCAAUAUCGACACCAGAGCGUGAAGUGUGUCAACUACAGUGCUGCUCACUGAUUUCAUUCGAGGAAGAGACGGUGACACAACUUGGUCCAGAUGCCAUUCGCACACUGUCGAACUUUUUAAUUGACAGUUUGGCUGCGAAGAUGCAAGCCCACCAGGAUUGCAUCGAGAAUGCUCUAAUAGACCACGCACUGCAUGUGCACUAGUUGUGCGAAGGUCUGUUCAGCC